UUCACUGUGAAGGCGGGACUUCCUGUGAGUCACGUUUCCUCCAGCAUGGGUCUCUUUCCCCUGCAGUCCUGUUUGGAGAUUCGCUUGCAUUAGAGAACUGAACACUGGUCUGUUUUCAGAUAACACCAUGAAUACAGUUUUAAACCCUGCUUUCCCGGCACUUGUUUCCGUGUUGAUGCUGCAGUGCCAAGCCUUCAUCUUCAGAGAAAUCAUAGUGAAUGACCCCGUGACCUUCCCGUGUACCUGCUCUGGAAAUUGUCCGGCGGUCCAGUGGACCCGCUUCAUUCCCAGCGAAGCCGUCAUUGCUGAAAGCCGGAUGUGUCACAGUGAACAGUAUUAUGAGAGAUUUUCAGUAUCAGGAAAUGCCAGCAGAGGAAAUUUCUCCCUGACGAUCAGUUCAGUAGCCUACAAUGAUGCCGGCUCCUACAGGUGCAGCUGUAAUAGAAACCCAGUUACUGAAGUAAAGCUGAAAGUUAUCGUUCCGACAGUUAUAAAGGCUUUCGAGAGGGAGAAUGUCACCCUCCCGUGCUACGGAAACACUCAGGACAAUGUUACAGAUGUCACAUGGAAGAAAGAUGGACAAAAGGUUCUGGUGUACACUCCUGCAAACAGAUCAGUGACGACUACUGAAGCAUCAGAAAGAAGAUUGAUGAUGUCCAUAAAAGGUUUUCUAGAUGGUUGUCUCUCUCUUCACAUCAGUUCAGUUCAUCUGUCUGAUGCAGGAUUAUAUCAGUGUCUCCUCCAUGAUGAGUCUCAAGACAGAGACCCAAAAGGUGUUUUACUGAAGGUAGAAGGGCGACAACAAUUAUCAACCACCAACAGCAAUGAAGUUUCAGUCCUGUGUGUGUUUCUAGGAUUCAUCAUCUUUGUCAGCAUCAUUGGAUUAAUCGUUUACGUUGUGAGAAGAUGCUUCAGGAAAUCCAGAUCAGGAGUUUAACACACAGGACAGCAUUAAAACCAAAGCUCUUAUCUAGAUCCCUUUUUGUUUUAGAAUUGUUCUGCAGAAUUGACUUAUUUGAUUCAACUGAUUCAUAUUCAGAGGAAUCAGAAUCAGUCAACUCCAAAAUUUCUCAUUUUGAAUAGCUAAAUCAGGGCCGAUAUCAUGGAUGUAUGUAAUUAUAUAAUGGCUGGAGGACUCGAUUCACAUCUUGAGAUGUCUUCUGUAUCGACUCGGACGUAUUUGCAUCCGCACUUGAAUUUGUUUCUGUCUUGGGCACUGCUCUUAACUGAGAGUUCGCUUUUUUUUUUCUUUUCUCUCAAAGUUUGUCAAGAAUUCAAACAGCUUCAUCAGUGAUGCAAUGCACAAAUUAAGCCAACUAACCAACUCAAUCAUGACCCCGUCUCACUUUCAUCUGGAUUCAACCCCCUUAAGACUGGAUCUCAGGUAGUCCUGGUGUUGGAAUUGCCUUGGACUCGACAGUGGUGUUCUUGACAACAGAAUGAUUUAUUAUUAUUGUUCAUCUAUUAGCUAUCAAAGAUAAGAUUAAUUACUUUUAAAUGUAUUUUUAGGCACAAAGUCUAAACAGAAGCAUCAUAUAGAUUUUGUGAUGCUUUUGGCCAAGUUUCAUACACACAAUAACAAACUGAAUGUAUCUCAUGAUGAAGUAUUUUAUUGACAAGUUUGGUUAUGCAAUAAAAAAUAAAUAAAUAAACCAACCCAAGAGAGACAGAGAAAAAAAAAAAACACUCCUGUUGUCUCCAACACUAAAUGUCUGCUCCAAUCGCCAGGUUCCGCUGUUCCCUCAGCCAUAACAUUAUGAUCACUGACAGGUGAAGAAGUGAAUAACAUUGAUUAUCUCAUUACCAUGGCACCUGUCAAGGGGUGGGAUAUAUUAGGAAGUCAGAGAACAGUCACUUCUUGAAGCUGAUGUGUUGGAAGCAGAAAAAAUGGGUAAGUGUGAGGAUCUGAGUGACUUUGACAAGGGCCAAAGUGUGAUGGUUGGAUGAUUGGGUCUGAGCAUCUCCAAAAUGGCACAUCUUGUGGGGUGUUCCUGGGAUGCAGUGGUUAGUAACUACUGUAGCCCCUCUCAUCACCGUCCUGAUAAGUGGACCAGAACUGGGUUUGUAAGGUUAUUAACUAAUAAUGUCUGUAAUAAAUGUUUUAGUAUCUUCUUAUAAGUCCUGAUCUACACAGUGAGUGGAGAAUGACAAAAUGAAUGUCUCUCAUGAUAAAGUAUUUUAUUAACAAGAAAGUUUGUCA